GUUUUUAUCUGGCUUUAUUCUUUCGCGCUUUUCCAUUUUGUUCUAUCAAUACAUACUCACCACUAGCUAUCACAACCCUCUACCCAGAUGUCUUCCCACCCACCUCAAACUCUACUCAAAGCUCUCCUCAAAACUACUACCGACGAUAUCAUCCCCCUCACAGCUCCCGCCGUCGCAGCUGGCUGCAAAGUGUUUGGCGCUGCCAUACUGCGUAAGGAUGACCUUAGCUUGGUGAUUGCGGGGACCAAUCAAGAGACAGAGUCGCCUUUGCUUCAUGGAGAAAUCUCGUGUAUCCAGAACUUCUAUGCACUCCCAAAAGACAAGCGACCAGAUGCGAAAGACUGUGUGUUCUUUGCGACACAUGAGCCUUGUUCUCUAUGUCUAUCAGGGAUAACGUGGUCCGGAUUCGACAACAUCCACUUCCUUUUCACCUAUGAAGACACCAGAGACGCGUUCAGCAUUCCGCACGACAUCAAAAUCCUGGAAGAAGUGCGUUUACAUGUCUUUUCCCAUCUCCAUCUCGGUCUCGUCGUCUUCUGUUCUGUCGUCGGGAUAAGGACAACAACAUCAGCUGAUGAAUGAUACAGGUGUUUCGGGUCCCCUCCCUCUCUCCCCACGAAAAUUCCUCCCAGCUCGCCCAGCGUCCAUUGUACAACAAAACGAACCAUUUCUUCUCCGCUUUUUCCAUCGCCGACCUCAUCGCCGACGUUCCACAAGGGGAAAGAGCAGAGUGGGAGGCGAAGGUGAAAGCGGUCCGGGAUCAGUACAAUGCUUUGAGUAGCGUAUAUCAGGAAGGAAAGGGUGGGGACGGGAUUCCUCUAGCCUGAAAUGGGAGAAUGACGGGGAUCGUUCGGAGCAGGGGUAUGACAAGGCGAACCUUUCUGGUUGUUUAGAUCAAUCGUUGCAUGCAGCAGCUCAAAUAGCCAGACCGAGUCAAUGAUGGAGCUUUCCCCAUCGGAGAUAGAACUUGG